UUUUUUUUUUUUUUUUUUUGAGAAGGAGUCUCGCUCUUUCGCCCAGGCCGGAGUGCAGUGGCGCUAUCUCGGCUCACUGCAAGCUCCGCCCCCUGGGUUCACGCCAUUCUCCUGCCUCAGCCUCCUGAGUAGCUGCGCUUACAGGCGCCCGCCACGGCGCCCGGCUAAUUUUUUGUAUUUUUAGUAGAGACGGGGUCUCACCGUGUUAGCCAAGAUAGUCUCGAUCUCCUGACCUCGUGAUCCACCCGCCUGGGCCUUCCAAAGUGCUGGGAUUACAGGCGUGAGCCACAGCACCCGGCCUUGGAACUACUGGGUCUCUUAAUUUAUGUAUGAGAAACUGAAGCCUUGAGUGGUUUAAAUCAGCAGUCACAAAUUAGGACUUGCAGAUGGAAUUUAGCCCUAUAGGCAUGUUUUGUUUGGCCUGUUAGGAUGCUUUAGAAUUUUUGAGCAAACAGUUAAAAAUUAGGAAAUUUUUAGCUUCUCAUGAAAAUUUAGAGGAUCUGAUAUUGCUGAACUGAUAUUUCUAAAGGACAUCAAUUGAGUUGCUUAGCAGUUGCCCCUUUUAACAUGAUUCAUGUAUCUUUAGGUUUACAAAUCCUCACAAUUCCCUUUUUUUUUUUUAACCUGUCUCUGUUUCACUUAUUUAUGUUACUUGCCUUCCCUUUCUGAAAACUUUUGUUAUAUAGCAAGUCAGAAGUAAAGAAAGUAGAAACAUCUCUCUUAACUCUUAAAGCAAUUGUAGGUUCCUAGCCCCAUCACCCAGGCAGUGGUUUAUAAGAAAGAGCCCUGGAUUCUAGCUCUUCUGUUGACAUUGACUGGCUCUGUGGCAUUGCACAGGUUACCUUAGGUCCUCUGAACUUCAGUUUUGUUUUCUGUCAAGUGGUCAUAAUAAGCAUUUUAAUAAGGCACAGAGUUUUCAGAAAAAACAGUUAUAUAAAAUCAUAGUUAAUAUUUCUUAUAUAUUAGAUUGCUUAAAAAUGCAGUUUCAACUCUACCCUUUUCCUACUGUUUAUAGCUUCAAUGCUCUGCAUCCUACAGGAUAAAGUCCAAAUUUCUUUGCCUUAUGUGUUAGUUUGUUUUUGCAUUGCUAUACAGGACUGUUUAUUGCUGUAAAUUACCUGAGACUAGAUAAUUUAUAAAGAAAAGAGGUUUAAUUGGCUUAUGGUUCUGAAGGCUAUACAGGAAGCAUGGCACCAACAUCUGCUUCUGGUGAGGGCCUCAGGAAGUUUACAGUCAUGGCCCAAGGCAAAAGGGGAGAUGGUGCAUCACAUGGCAAGAGCGGGAACAAGAUUGGGGGUGGGGUGGGGUGCUACACUGUUUUAAACAACCAGAUCUCAAGUGAACUCCGAGUGAGGACAGCACCAAACCAUUCAUGAGGGAUCCAGCCCCAUGACCUGAAUCUCCCACCAGGCCCCACCUCCAACAUUGGGAUUAUAUUUCAACAUGAGAUUUGGAGGGGAUAAACAUUCAAACUAUAUUGCCUUACAGUCAGCGUUCCCAGCCAUUUGAUUCCAACAUACCUUGCCAAAGUAUCUUUAUAUGGAAUGGAAUGGAAUUUAUUCACUAUUCAUUCUCCAUCCUCCCACCCCCACACCUCGUUCAUUCUUUUGCCUUAAAAAUAUUGAGUGUUUGUUCCAGCAUCUGUUCCAGGCACUGUUCUAGGCAGUAGGGAUUACAAAGUUGAACAAGACAAAGUCCCUGCCUCUAACAUUCCCAUACUUUUAUUUUAGAUAUUGGCUCGGUACUUUUAUUUUGUAUUUUGAACACAUCUUAAGUAUGUCUGCCUCCUUUGCCGACACUAUUCUCUUCAUUAUCUUUUUUCUAUUUCUUUUAUUGUUUUAUUCAACAAGUAUUGAUUGAUUGCCUGCUGUGUGUCAGACACUGUUCACUGGGUGUUGGUAUUAUAACAGAGUCAAGUCCCUGCUCCCUUGGAAUUUAUGUUCUUGUGGUGUGAAUGAACAUUUUAGAAAUACGUGUGUGUGUGUGUGUGUGUGUGUGUGUGUAGAUAUAUGUGUCAUCAGGGCUAUGAAGGAAAAUGUAACAGGGUAAGUAGGGUAGAAAGGAACAGCGUGAGAGUCAUAGUGUGUAUUAUCUUAGGUGAGAUUGUGAGAGACAGCCUUUCUAUAUGAUAUCUGAAUAGACUCCUGAAGGGACUUAGGGAGGCAGCCAAGAGGGCAUCUGGAGGAAGAGUAAUCCAGGCAGAGAGCACAAGUGUAUGGUUGGCAUGUUCUGGGGACAGUGAGAGGGCAGUAUGGCAGGUGCUAAGUAAGGGAAUAGGAAAAUGGUAAAAGGUGAGCUCAGAAAGGUGGAGGGGUCCAGAUCUUGAAGGGCAUUACAGUCCAUGGUAAGAACCUUGGCUUUUGGCUCCAGACUAAGCUGUGUCUCCUCUGAAUUUUUACUUCAAGUUUCUUCGUGAAAUCUUCCUUGACCAUCCCAGUUUUUGAUGAUUUAUCCUUGGUAAUUCCUGGAGAACCUGAAAUUAUUGACCACCUAAUUCAUUUGUUGCUCAACUGACUAAACAGUGAGUGCCUGGUUGUCUUCUUAUAGGUUUUUGGUUCUGUCCUAACUUCUUUGUAACUUUCUCCAGCAUAAGGACUUAGUCUUAUACCUUUCUAUCCUAUGUGAUGCUUUGUAUCCAGUUGGUACUUAAUGUGUGUUUGUGUUGUGAGGCUCUGGCUUCAGAUGUCAGCAGUAGGAAUUUGCGAUGUCUAAGAAAAAAGAGAGGACUUGGUGAUAGAUUACACAUAAGGAAUGAUGUUUAGGUUUUAGUUUGUGAUCCUGGAAUAAUAAUGGUGUUGUAGAUAGAGAAAGGAAAGUUGGGAAGAGAAGCCGAUUUUGGAGUAGACUGAUGAAUUUGGUUUAAAAUUUAUUGAGCUUUCUGUGCUAGUAGCAUAUCCAAGUAAAGUUGUCCAGAAUGAUUUUGAUAUGUCAAAUAUAUACAAAGUAUUGGAGUUACUUGUGACUGCCGCCUGCAGUUAUGUAAUCUUCUCAAUAGCAGGGACAACAUCUUACUCAUAUUUCUAGUACUUGGAACAGGGACUGGCAGCGAAAUAAUAGGUGCUUAAGUUAGUAGUACUUAGUAAGUUUUUUGAGAUGAGAAGUUCGCAUGUAGCUAUGAUGCAUGUCCUAGAAAAGGCAUAAGCUCUGGUAGGGUCAUUGUGGGUCUGAAUUCUAGCCCCACUAUGCUCUACAUGUGUGGUCUUGGUUGAGUAAAUGAGCACUCUGAAUCUCAGUGUCUGGAAAAUGGAACUAUAGGACCUUCCUUGCAGUGCUGUGAGAUAAUGAAUGUAGGCAUAGGUUCUAGCAUAGACUAGGGGCUCAAUAAAUAGUACCUGUUCAUUCAGCUAAAAUUGUUAAUAUUAUUAUUAUAAAGAUAAUGCCUUCUAUUGAAUUUCAGAUUCUCAGGCUUGGAAAAGAACUCAAAAGCAGUCCCUUUGAGUUAACUAAUUGUUUUGGGUGUUUUAAUGACUUACUUAUACUGAUAUAGUUAGUGAUCAAUCUGCAUAUAAUCUCCCACAUUAGCCACUCCUGGGAAUGCAUACAGAAGUCUGAGGGUAAUAAGUUAAACAUUGUUGGAACAUUGGUACAUCAGUUACUAUUAUUAUGCAUAUCAGUUGGUAUUCUAGUAGUUUACCUGUUAUAUUCCCAGCUAUCAAAACAGCUUUAUGGUGGUUUAGGAGUUGAUAGACAUGUUGGAUGAUAAAUAAUAGAAUUAUAUAAUAUUUUUAUAUUUGUAGAUGUGUCUCCUUAAAUAGGAUGGAGUAAUUUCACAGAAGAUGAAUGAAACUCAAUCCCCAUAGAAAUAUUUUUUAUAGUAAUGAAAUUAGUGCUAAAUUUAGAGAAGGAAAUGGAAUCUAUUAAAGUUCAUUGGGGGUAAAAUUCUUGAUUAAAAUAUUUUAUUCUGUCAGAUACUUCAAAUCUUUUUUCUUCAAAUCAGAAAUUAAGAUUUUGGCCUAGAGUACUUUCCUUUUCCUUUUUUUUUCUCUAGAUAUAACUGCCUUACAAGUCUAAGUAUGUCUUUUAAAAUGAUUUCCUAACCACGUAGGUGUUUUUGGCUUUGAUUCCUUAGGAGGCGUUGGGUGCCUCUGAAACUGCAUGCUUUACUUUUUGUGUUGGAGCAGAUGUCGUGGCACUAAGACCCAGAAACCGUUUGCUCUGUGUGGCUGGAGCUGGGCUGGCUGUGCUCGCACUGAAGGGAAGGAAGUCAUUAGUGCAGACUGAGCUGUGGAGUUGGGUUCUUGCAGGAUUUCCUUCCAGCCUUUCCCCACUAAGGUUCUUGGGAAUUAAAAAAAAAAAAAAAAAUCUAAACACACAAACCAAGUUUUCCUAUUUACAGUGUUCAGGGAAGGUAGGCAUUUCGAGAAGGGCAGAUCCUUUUCCCAAGUUAUCCAAGAAGGAAGCGAAAACAGCGUAAAGAAGCUCUGAUUACAGAUCUUUGGAAUUUUCUUUGCUAAAUUUUACAAACGAGAAAUACACCCAGAAUUGUGGGAAUUGCUCCAGGCUGCGCGUGAGGGUUUGAUUGCUUGUCUAAUCUUUUUUGAGAAGAGGAGAAUUCAUCAAAAGGGGUUUGGAUGGCAGAAGCCCGGCUGGGAUUCUGUAGCAGCUCGCGUUCUCAGUCUCUUCUCUGAGGGAGGGUCUCUGCAGCCAGCUUGGAGACCCCCUGCUGCAGGCUCCUUUUGCAGGCGCCGGCUGGGAAAAUGCCCUGCUCUGGCAGGAGUACGCCGGUGGCUGCUGGGACUUCCUAGCCUGGUGGGAAGUGUGUUCGUGGUUUGGGGAUACUUUUCAUUGAACUGAAGGCGAAAAGACUGGACUCUCCUGGGGCUUUUCCCUUCGCAGUGAAUAUGGGAAAGAAUUAGGGGGUGGGAGGGAGGCAGCAUGACUUGCAGUCGUCGCUGCCCUGCAUCUGCCCCCAGCCCCCAGCCAACAUCUUGAUGUUCCACGUAUCGGCUUUACAAAUAUGAUGAAAUGGCAGCCCCGGAAGAAGGCAUACUUCCGACAGGGUGUUGCCCUCCAGUACCUUGGACGUCAUGCCGAUGCCCUGGCAGCCUUUGCAUCUGGACUGGCUCAAGACCCCAAGAGUCUCCAGCUUCUGGUGGGGAUGGUGGAAGCCGCCAUGAAAUCUCCCAUGAGAGACUCCCUCGAGCCCACUUAUCAGCAGCUUCAGAAAAUGAAACUGGACAAGAGUCCCUUUGUGGUUGUGUCUGUCGUUGGGCAGGAACUCCUGACAGCUGGCCAUCAUGGGGCCUCUGUGGUUGUCUUAGAAGCCGCACUGAAGAUUGGUACCUGCAGCCUCAAACUGAGAGGUUCUGUUUUCUCUGCCCUGAGCAGUGCUUACUGGUCUCUUGGAAAUACAGAGAAGAGCACUGGAUAUAUGCAGCAGGACUUGGAUGUAGCCAAGACCUUAGGUGACCAGACAGGAGAAUGCCGAGCUCAUGGGAAUCUAGGCUCUGCAUUCUUCUCCAAAGGAAAUUACCGGGAGGCUCUCACUAACCACAGGCAUCAGUUGGUACUCGCCAUGAAACUUAAAGAUCGAGAGGCCGCUUCAUCAGCCUUGAGCAGUCUGGGCCACGUGUACACAGCCAUUGGAGACUACCCCAAUGCACUAGCCAGUCACAAACAGUGUGUUCUUCUUGCCAAGCAAUCCAAAGAUGAACUUUCUGAAGCCCGAGAACUUGGCAACAUGGGAGCUGUGUAUAUUGCCAUGGGUGACUUUGAGAAUGCUGUGCAGUGCCAUGAGCAGCAUCUGAAGAUAGCCAAGGACCUGGGGAACAAGCGAGAAGAGGCCCGGGCCUAUAGCAACCUGGGCAGUGCUUAUCACUACCGGAGGAACUUUGACAAGGCCAUGUCUUACCACAACUAUGUCCUGGAGCUGGCACAGGAGUUGAUGGAGAAGGCUAUUGAGAUGCGGGCCUAUGCUGGACUAGGCCAUGCUGCCAGGUGCAUGCAGGAUUUGGAGAGAGCUAAACAAUACCAUGAGCAACAGCUGGGCAUUGCUGAGGAUCUCAAGGACCGGGCUGCAGAGGGGCGAGCAUCCUCCAAUCUGGGAAUCAUACACCAGAUGAAAGGUGAUUAUGACACUGCACUGAAACUCCACAAGACCCACCUGUGCAUCGCCCAGGAGCUGAGUGAUUAUGCUGCCCAGGGCCGUGCCUAUGGGAAUAUGGGCAAUGCCUACAACGCCCUGGGCAUGUACGACCAGGCGGUCAAAUACCAUCGGCAGGAGCUGCAGAUCUCCAUGGAAGUGAAUGACCGCGCCUCACAGGCCUCCACACAUGGGAACCUUGCCGUGGCGUACCAGGCCCUGGGUGCCCAUGACCGGGCCCUGCAACACUAUCAGAACCACUUGAACAUCGCCCGGGAGCUACGAGACAUCCAGAGCGAGGCCCGGGCCCUCAGCAACCUGGGCAAUUUCCACUGCUCUCGGGGAGAGUAUGUCCAGGCUGCCCCCUAUUAUGAACAGUACCUCCGGCUUGCUCCCGACCUUCAAGACAUGGAAGGAGAAGGGAAGGUCUGCCACAAUCUUGGCUAUGCCCAUUACUGCCUUGGAAACUAUCAGGAGGCGGUGAAGUACUACGAACAGGAUCUGGCACUGGCCAAAGACCUUCAUGACAAGUUGAGCCAAGCAAAAGCCUACUGCAACUUGGGCCUAGCAUUCAAGGCUCUGCUGAAUUUCAGUAAAGCUGAAGAGUGUCAGAAGUACCUACUGUCCCUAGCCCAGUCUCUGAAUAAUUCCCAGGCUAAAUUUCGAGCCCUAGGGAACCUGGGCGAUAUAUUCAUCUGUAAAAAAGAUAUAAAUGGUGCAAUAAAAUUCUAUGAGCAGCAGCUGGGCUUAGCUCACCAGGUAAAGGACAGAAGAUUAGAAGCCAGUGCAUAUGCAGCCCUGGGCACUGCAUACCGAAUGAUCCAGAAGUAUGACAAGGCCCUGGGUUAUCACACACAGGAACUGGAGGUAUAUCAGGAGCUGAGUGACUUGCCAGGGGAAUGCAGAGCUCAUGGGCACCUGGCUGCUGUCUACAUGGCCCUUGGGAAAUACACAAUGGCAUUCAAGUGUUAUGAAGAGCAACUGGACCUAGGGCAAAAGCUGAAGGAUCCGAGUCUGGAAGCCCAGGUCUAUGGCAACAUGGGCAUCACAAAGAUGAACAUGAAUGUGAUGGAAGAAGCCAUUGGCUACUUUGAGCAGCAAUUGGCCAUGCUGCAGCAGCUAAGUGGAAAUGAGUCUAUGCUGGACAGGGGCCGGGCCUAUGGCAACCUGGGGGAUUGCUACGAAGCCCUGGGUGACUAUGAGGAAGCUAUCAAAUACUAUGAACAAUAUUUAUCUGUCGCACAGAGUCUGAAUCGCAUGCAAGACCAAGCCAAGGCUUACCGGGGCCUGGGAAAUGGACACAGGGCAAUGGGGAGCUUGCAGCAAGCCCUUGUGUGCUUUGAAAAGAGGCUUGUGGUUGCCCAUGAGCUUGGGGAGGCCUUCAAUAAAGCCCAGGCCUAUGGAGAGCUGGGAAGUCUGCACAGCCAAUUAGGGAAUUACGAACAAGCCAUUUCCUGCCUUGAACGCCAGCUGAACAUUGCUAGAGAUAUGAAAGACCGAGCCCUGGAGAGUGAUGCAGCCUGUGGCCUGGGGGGCGUUUACCAGCAGAUGGGGGAGUAUGACACAGCCCUGCAGUACCACCAGCUUGAUCUACAGAUAGCAGAGGAAACCAACAACCCCACGUGCCAGGGCCGAGCCUAUGGGAACCUGGGCCUGACUUAUGAAUCCCUGGGCACCUUCGAGAGGGCUGUGGUCUAUCAAGAACAGCACUUGAGCAUUGCUGCACAGAUGAAUGACUUGGUGGCCAAGACGGUGUCAUAUAGUAGCCUUGGAAGGACCCAUCAUGCCUUGCAGAACUAUUCCCAAGCAGUCAUGUACUUACAGGAAGGUUUAAGGUUAGCUGAGCAACUGGGCCGAAGAGAAGAUGAGGCAAAAAUUCGCCAUGGCCUUGGCCUCUCCCUUUGGGCUAGUGGAAACUUGGAGGAGGCCCAACACCAGCUUUAUAGGGCAUCAGCCUUGUUUGAAACGAUCCGACACGAGGCACAGCUGAGCACGGACUACAAACUCUCCCUCUUUGACCUGCAGACAUCAUCCUACCAGGCCUUGCAGCGGGUGCUCGUCAGCCUAGGCCAUCAUGAUGAAGCCCUGGCCGUGGCAGAAAGGGGACGGACAAGGGCAUUUGCUGAUCUUCUGGUGGAACGACAAACAGGACAACAAGACUCCGACCCCUACUCCCCAGUCACUAUUGAUCAGAUCUUAGAGAUGGUAAAUGGCCAGAGGGGACUAGUGCUUUACUAUUCCCUGGCUGCAGGCUAUCUGUAUAGCUGGCUGCUGGCUCCUGGGGCAGGAAUUCUGAAGUUUCAUGAACACUACCUGGGUGAGAACACAGUGGAAAACUCAAGCGACUUCCAGGCCAGCAGCAGUGCAACCCUUCCAACAGCAACCGGCUCAGCCCUGGAGCAGCACAUUGCCAGUGUCCGGGAGGCCCUGGGGGUGGAGUCUCACUACUCAAGGGCCUGUGCCAGCAGUGAGACAGAGAGUGAAGCAGGAGACAUCAUGGACCAGCAAUUUGAAGAGAUGAACAACAAACUCAACUCGGUCACUGACCCCACUGGCUUUCUGCGGAUGGUUCGCCGCAAUAACCUCUUUAACAGGAGCUGCCAGAGCAUGACGAGCCUGUUCAGUAACACUGUGUCACCGACCCAGGACGGGACCUCCUCUCUUCCCAGGAGGCAGAGCUCGUUCGCCAAGCCCCCACUCCGUGCCCUGUAUGACCUGCUCAUCGCGCCCAUGGAAGGGGGCCUGAUGCACUCCAGCGGCCCCGUGGGCCGGCACCGGCAGCUCAUCCUGGUUCUGGAGGGGGAGCUCUACCUCAUUCCUUUCGCCCUCCUGAAGGGAAGCUCCUCCAACGAGUACCUCUACGAGCGCUUCGGCCUCCUUGCUGUCCCUUCCAUCCGCUCCCUCAGCGUGCAGUCCAAGUCUCACUUACGGAAGAACCCGCCCACAUACUCCAGCUCCACAUCCAUGGCGGCUGUCAUCAGCAACCCCAAGCUACCAUCGGCCGUGAUGGACAGAUGGCUGUGGGGGCCCAUGCCGUCGGCCGAGGAAGAGGCCUACAUGGUGUCCGAGCUGCUGGGCUGCCAGCCCCUAGUGGGCAGUGUGGCCACCAAGGAGAGGGUCAUGAGUGCCCUGACCCAGGCUGAAUGCGUCCACUUUGCCACCCACAUCUCCUGGAAGCUGUCGGCCUUGGUCCUCACGCCCAGCAUGGACGGCAACCCUGCCAGCAGCAAGAGCUCCUUUGGCCACCCCUACACGAUCCCUGAGUCCUUGCGGGUGCAGGACGAUGCCAGUGAUGGGGAGAGCAUCUCGGACUGCCCGCCCCUGCAGGAGCUGCUGCUUACCGCCGCUGACGUCCUGGACCUGCAGCUGCCUGUGAAGCUGGUGGUGCUUGGCUCCUCCCAGGAGUCCAACAGCAAAGUCACAGCCGACGGGGUCAUUGCGCUGACAAGGGCCUUCCUGGCUGCCGGCGCUCAGUGUGUCCUCGUGUCUCUGUGGCCUGUGUCAGUGGCUGCUUCUAAGAUGUUCAUCCAUGCCUUCUACUCAUCCCUGCUGAACGGCCUGAAAGCCAGCGCCGCCCUAGGGGAGGCCAUGAAGGUGGUGCAGAGCAGCAAGGCCUUCUCGCACCCCUCCAACUGGGCAGGGUUCAUGCUCAUCGGGAGUGACGUUAAGCUGAACAGCCCCUCAUCACUCAUCGGUCAGGCCCUCACAGAGAUCCUGCAGCACCCGGAGCGCGCGCGGGACGCCCUGCGAGUGCUGCUGCACCUGGUGGAGAAGUCCCUGCAGCGCAUCCAGAAUGGGCAGCGCAAUGCCAUGUACACAUCCCAGCAGAGUGUGGAGAACAAAGUGGGCGGCAUCCCUGGCUGGCAGGCCCUCCUCACUGCUGUGGGCUUCCGGCUGGACCCCCCAACCAGCGGCCUGCCAGCGGCUGUCUUCUUCCCAACCUCCGACCCGGGUGACCGGCUCCAGCAGUGCAGCAGCACACUCCAGUCCCUGCUGGGUCUUCCCAAUCCUGCCCUCCAAGCCCUUUGCAAACUCAUCACUGCCUCUGAGACGGGCGAGCAGCUCAUCAGCCGGGCUGUUAAAAAUAUGGUUGGAAUGCUCCACCAGGUGCUGGUUCAGCUCCAGGCUGGCGAGAAGGAGCAGGACUUGGCAUCAGCUCCCAUUCAGGUCUCCAUCAGCGUCCAGCUGUGGCGGCUCCCGGGAUGCCACGAGUUCCUGGCAGCUCUAGGUUUUGAUCUCUGUGAAGUUGGUCAGGAGGAAGUAGUCCUGAAAACCGGGAAGCAAGCUAAUCGACGGACCGUGCACUUCGCGCUCCAGUCCCUGCUGUCUCUGUUUGAUUCUACUGAGCUACCGAAGCGCCUCAGCCUCGACAGCUCCUCCUCCCUGGAGUCUCUUGCUUCUGCUCAGUCUGUUUCCAACGCCCUGCCCUUGGGCUACCAGCAACCCCCCUUCUCUCCCACCGGUGCGGACAGCAUCGCCUCAGACGCCAUCUCUGUGUACAGUCUGAGCUCCAUUGCCUCCUCAAUGAGCUUUGUCUCCAAACCCGAGGGUGGAUCAGAGGGUGGAGGCCCCGGAGGACGGCAGGACCAUGACCGGUCCAAGAACGCUUACCUGCAGAGAUCCACCUUGCCUCGGAGCCAGCUGCCUCCCCAGACCCGCCCUGCAGGCAACAAAGAUGAAGAAGAAUAUGAAGGGUUUUCUAUCAUCAGUAACGAGCCCUUGGCGACCUACCAAGAAAACCGAAACACAUGCUUCUCACCAGACCACAAACAACCCCGACCUGGGACAGCCGGAGGCAUGAGAGUCUCGGUGAGCUCCAAAGGGAGCAUCAGCACUCCAAAUUCUCCAGUGAAAAUGACUCUGAUUCCCAGCCCCAACUCACCCUUCCAAAAGGUGGGAAAACUAGCAAGCUCAGAUACAGGAGAAUCAGACCAGUCUAGCACAGAAACGGACAGUACCGUGAAAUCCCAAGAAGAAAGCAACCCAAAACUUGAUCCACAAGAGUUAGCCCAGAAAAUUCUAGAGGAGACACAGAGUCAUCUCAUUGCGGUGGAGCGUCUUCAGAGGAGCGGCGGCCAGGUGAGCAACAGUAAUAACCCUGAAGACGGCGUUCAGGCGCCCAGCAGCACUGCUGUCUUCAGAGCAUCAGAAACGAGCGCGUUCAGCAGGCCUGUUCUCUCCCAUCAGAAGAGUCAGCCAUCACCAGUCACUGUUAAACCAAAGCCCCCAGCCAGGAGCUCCUCCCUGCCCAAAGUGAGUUCCGGAUAUAGCAGCCCCACCACCUCAGAGACGUCCAUCAAAGACAGCCCGAGCCAGCACAGUGGCCGGCCAUCGCCCGGCUCCGACUCACAGACUUCCCAGCUGGACCAGCCUCUCUUUAAACUGAAGUACCCCAGCUCUCCUUACAGCGCUCACAUUUCCAAAUCACCAAGGAACAUGUCCCCAAGCUCCGGCCACCAGUCUCCUGCUGGCAGUGCACCCUCCCCAGCUCUCUCCUACUCCUCAGCCGGAUCUGCUCGCUCAAGUCCAGCAGACGCUCCCGACAUAGACAAACUGAAAAUGGCAGCCAUUGAUGAAAAGGUGCAGGCUGUCCAUAACCUGAAGAUGUUCUGGCAGAGCACACCCCAGCAUUCCACAGGGCCAAUGAAGAUCUUCCGGGGAGCUCCUGGCACGAUGACUUCCAAAAGAGAUGUCCUCAGUCUGUUGAAUUUGUCACCACGGCACAGUAAGAAGGAGGAGGGAGUGGAUAAGCUUGAACUGAAGGAGCUGUCCCUGCAGCAGCAUGAUGGAGCUCCACCGAAAGCCCCUCCCAACGGACACUGGCGCACCGAGACCACCUCGCUGGGCACACUGCCGCUGCCCGCCAGCCCUCCCGCCGCAGUCCCUGCGUGCCCUUUGAGACUUCCUUCUGGAAAUGGCUACAAGUUCCUGUCCCCAGGAAGAUUUUUCCCUUCUUCCAAAUGCUAAAGCAUCUUUUAUACCCACUGACUCUGAGCAGCCCGCAGAUGGGGGCCUGGCGUUUGCUUCGGCCGUUCCCUGAGUGCAGUCCCCCCACAGCCACCAGCACCCUCAUGAUGCUGUGCUCUCUGGGCGAGGGGCACCACCACGUCCAAAGGCUGCCACACACACUGGUGGCUUUUCUGGGCCAUAUUCACCAAAAGCCGGGACUUCUGUGGGGCUGGUACAGGAGGCUCACUUCACCAAAUGUUUGUUUACCUUUGAACUCCCUGCUUCUCAUCUUUGAUAUGAUUCUUCACCAGGAUUUUGUACAAAAAUGAUCAUGGUUCUGGGGUGGGGAGAGGAAAGGGAGCACAUAUUUUGCUAAGAGGUAUAUAUGCAGUACCUUUUAUACACAGAAAUACAAAUAGAGCUUUUUCUAAGGCUUUUGGUUGCUGGUUGGGGGUGGGAUAUAUGAAAUUUCAGUUGAAUUCUACAGGAAAGUGUUAUAUUAGCCAAAAACAGAAAAAUGGUUUUUAAAAUGCCAAUGAUUUGUAAUUAAAUUGUAGCAAUUUUGGUCUCAUGAUUGAUUGAUUGAUAGUGUAAUAUCUCAGCAACAAUGCAAUAAUUCACAUUGAAACAGCGCUUCCAUUCUGAACUCUGCUCUGCAAAUGUCCUUUGGGUCCUGCUGUCAACCAAACUUGAAUUUUCUUAAAAAAAAAUUAUGUAACUCUUAUCCAGGCAUUUUAGAACUAUGCAAUUGUGAUUUAAAAUGCAACUUUGUGCUUUUAAAACAUUAUUGACCUUUUUUGUACAUGGAUAAACAACUUGGUUUUAUUAUCAAUAGUACUUUGCAUUUAUAGCUAUUAUUUUUAAAAGCUCAAAAAGUUUUUUAAAAUGUCAAAUUUUGAAUAGUCAUCAAUAAGUAAUUAUCAAGUUUGGAAGGAAAGGUUGAAAUGACUCAGUUUCCUUAUAAGCAAAAAAAAAAAAAAAAAAAAAAUUUCCAUGGCUAACUAGAUUUAACCAGAAUCCCGCCUUCCAGCUCCUGUUCCCUUUUAUUAGCUGCUGAAUUAUUUUAUUCUCUUUUCCCAACUCCAGGUCCCUCAGUUGUCUUAUAUCUAAAUCCGUUGGCAGGUCCCCACAAUCCCAGCACCUGCCUCUGUGAGCUGCCCCCAGGCCCUCCCCUUGGCCCUAGCCAGCCUCCUGUGCUCCUGCUGUCUGAAGGACUGGCCCCUCCCCCACCGCUGAAGCCACACAUCCAGAUCCUAAGCAACAGGGCCUUUUGCUGGGAUGGAUGCCCGGAUUAUGGCCAACCGGGAAGAGAGAGAUGUAUCUUAAAAAGUGGAGGUGGACUUCUCCUACAGCUCUGACGGUAACUUAAAUUGUUGCCAGCUUGAGGCAAGACAAGGGAAUCAUCUAGUUAGGGGUAACCAUUAAUUUAUUUUAUAAAGAAAGGAAAUGCUGAAAGUCGUAUUAGUACUGAGUUUAGUUGGAGAAUUUAGAUAAGUAUCUUUUAGGUAAUUCUAAAAUUAAAAUCCUACCCACCUCACUACAGGGUUCCUCAUGAAGGUGGGCGGCCACCUGGCCUGGGCCACCAGCAGCACAUGGAGCAGACCUGAGGGGCCUGGCAGGGAGCACUGACCUCAGGAUCCCCAGGUGGGGGUUUUAACCAUGGGUGGGAUCUCAGCUCUGAGCAUACACUGACAAUCUCACCUGUUCCUCAGUGUACUCCUCUGAAAAGAAGAAAGGAUAAUAUUUAUCCAAUCUGUGUUCUCCUGAGCUCCAUCCUAGGGGUUUUUAAUUUAACCAACAGCCAUGUUGACAAAAGCCAACAAUAAGCAUGUCUUAUUCUAGCCCUGAUCCCAACACUGAAAGCGAAGUACUUUAUAAAGAAGCCAGCAAUUAUGAGGGUUUCUUUAUGUUAGUAGGGGAAAAAAUGGUAAUAAAAGUACCAGUGUAGCAAGUGAAGACCAAAUUUAUAGCACUGUGCAUUAGAUAGCAAAAUCAGGUUCUUAAUAAUGAAAAGUAAACCUCAAGUUUCUAAAUCCAUAUGCAGAUGGUUAGGCUGUCCCUCUCUUAGCAAAUCUCUCAGCCUCCUUCUUUCCCAAGUGCCAAGGAUCCCUGGAGUAAAGCUCUGGGGUCUGUGCUCUCCUUCUGUGAGAGGAAGGGUGCGGCCCUAUUUGCCCCUCUCUAGCAAACACCCCCCCCACCCUGCCACUUCCUGUGGUUAUUGAGCCAGCUAGGAGUUACUCAUGGACUCUAACCUGGUUUUAGUCCCAUGUACAUUGUUGUUUUAGGUUUCAUAUUGAAGAGCCAAAUGGUUUAUGUGGUUUUAUUCUGUCUUAAAUAUAAGUUUCAAGGAAGGGAAAACAAAAGUGAUAAAAUGAUAGAACAGUCUAGAGGCCACUGUAAAGUCACCGCCACUUUAUGUGUAUGUCAGUCUUCAUGUUCCUGUAUGAGUAAAAUGGAUGUAAAAUCAUAAAAUCACAGUGAAUGUUUCAGGCUACACUGAAAAAAGUAUGCACUUAGAAUUAAGGGAAAUUGUAUAAUUCAGCAAGAUUUCUUUGUGUAGAUCAGGGUUGGCAACUAUGACCCACAGGCUAAGUCUGGUCAGCGGUCUGGUUUUUCACAGCCAUGAGCUAAGUUACCUUUUUAAAGGGUUAUAUAAGUAAUUACAUAAUAUUCUUGAUUUUGCCUUUGGCCCACACCACAUAAAAUAUUCAAAUAUUCAAUACCUGGCCUUUUUUUUUUUUUUUUUUUUGAGACAGAGUCUCGCUCUGUCGCCCAGGAUAGAGUGCACUGGCACGAUUUCGGCUCACUGCAACCUCUUCCUCCUGGGUUCAAGUGAUUCUCCCUGCCUCAGCCUCCUAAGUAGCCGGGAUUACAGGCACCCACUACCAUGCCCUGCUAAUUUUUGAAUUUUUAGUAGAGAUGGGGUUUCACCAUGUUGGCCAGGCUGGUCUCGAACUCCUGACCUCAGGUGAUCCGCCUGCCUUGGCCCCCCAAAGUGCUGGGAUUACAGGUGCGAGCUACCGCACCCGGCCAAUACCUGGCCUUUUAAGAAGUUUGCUGACUCCUGGUAUGGAUGACAGAAAAUGGAAUAACGUUUUGUUUCUCCAGUCUAGGAAGAGCAAGUCAGGUAGUGGAUAGACUGACUGGCGUCCGGGGAGCCCAGGGUAUGUGAGGGCCAUGUGGAUGGAAACAAAUGCCUCCUGCAUAGCCCUUGGCUCUUCGUCCCACUUGGGAGGAGUCCAUGGAUGUAAUAUUUACAAAACAAUUUUUUGCUUACCAUUUGCAGAAAGCAUUGCAUAUGUUUCCUUUUAGCUCAGGAAACUGGCAUGCCCCACCCUCUGCUACUCCAUCAGAUGUAAAUACAAUGAUGAUAAGCCGUACAACUCCCCUCUCUUAGAAACCUCAGCAGGACCACAGAGCAAGGGAGUCAAAGCUUUCUUAAUUUUCUCCAGUAAAUGACUCAACUAAUUUGAUUUUUUAAAUUAAGUCAAAAUACCAAGAGAAAAAUUGCUACUAAAACUUACAUUUUGAUCCACACUGAUGUGCAACACAAAAUGAAAUAGUUUUCACCUCCAUUCCAUUUUUUAAAAAUUCACGGUCCACACUGAAACUUGCUGGGUUUUAGCAGGAGAUAAAGGUGCCACCUAUGCUGUCCUGACCCUGCUCUCUCUGUCCCAGUGACGCUGCAGCACAUGAUCAUUGCAGCCAGUCCCUGGCCCGUGCCGAUUCUGCCAUCUCCCAGCCACACACACUUGCAGACCCACAAGAAGAACUGUAGCCUUGAUAAUUUCAGUUCAGGUUGGAAAAAUGCCAUGCAAUAAUCUGGUUUGCUUUCAGUAAGUAGGCAACAAGUGAAAACUGUAUAAUUUUCAUCACCUAUUCUGCUGUUCUAUCUAAAAUGAGUGUACCUGUGGUUUGUGAACUGGGCCCUUGUUUGUGCCAGAUCCUUCAAAGAUGUUCCCUGUCAGGACACCUGUGGCCCUGCCCCUCCUCAGACACCUUCCCACUGGCAUUCACGUUCCUUAUAUGCAGUGUUAGCCAUCUUUGGCCUACGCGGACUUUUUUUGUAAAUUACAGUUUCCAGACAUUAAACUUUUUAUAUUAUGAAAUUUACCAUGUAAAAAGAACUUCAUAUUUUUAUUGAGAUUGCUAAGGCACUUGGCCUUCCUCCUUUGUGAUUUUCAGUGUCUAUUAAAGCAUGAGUUCCCUCAGUUUUAA